AUGGAUCGCGGCGCCAAUGGAUUUAUCCUUGGCAAUGAUGUACGUGUUGUGAAUUUAUCUGGUACAUUCAUUGAUUUGAAUGGUAUUGACAAUCACACAGUUCGAAACCUCCAGUUGGCUACUGCGGUUGUGUUCAUGCGAAGUGAUCAUGGUCCCAUCCUUGGUCGCAUCCACCAGGGUGCCGUCAUGUAUGACGGCCGUACCAUUGCUUGUCCCGGUCAGAUGGAGCACUUUGGUUGUUGUGUUCACGAGAAAGCCAAGACCGUGACUGGAGUGGACCCCUACUUUGUCACACCCAAUGGUUUCAGAGUCCCCAUGGCCAUGCGCAAUGGACUUCCGUAUGUAGACUGGCGGCCCCCCACUGAUGCUGAGAUGGAAGACGACUCCAUCCCUUUGAUAGAUUUGACUAGCCCACACCCGUGGGACCCCUCGUGCCUUGAUUCGGUCCCAUCCGAUGAUUGGUAUGACACCCAAAGUACUACCGUCCUCGACGAUGCAGAUUCCCCUUUAGACAGCCUGGGCCGACUCCAGACUAUGGAUGACGAUGCCCUGACUCCAUCUCGUCCCACCCCCAAGCAGUCCAUUGAUCGUCGCGGUAUCAUCGCCGCCAUGGCUAACCUUGUUCAAGACGAUCUGGUCCCUGCCAGUGCUGAUGAUGUCCCCGCCCUCUUAUCCCGCCAGUGCCAUCAUUAUGACUCCAGCUCCGACGAUGAUUCUGACCUUGAAGAUGACCCUAACGUUGAAGACCUCCGACAGUGCUUUGCCCGUGUCCCCGACCUUAUGUCCCCCUAUGACGACUCCUCUGGUGCUGAAGACUCAGCCUCCUCUGGUCAUGAUUCUGACUCCGACACUGAGGACUUACGCCAUUGUUUUGGAGUCCAAACCCGGGGCCAGCUUCGAUGGGGAGAAAAGGACUCGGAAGAUGCCUGA